AUGCCACUCUCUCCGUCAGGCGGUAACGUAGGCUAUCCAUCACUCGGCGACACCGAUUCGCCAACUUUUGGAAAGCCAUCCGCGUUGGGCACGACAGCUUCAUCACAUACGAAGCAGAACUCUCAGUCGAAUUCAUCUGCACAGAGAGCGCCUGUACAGAAGAAGUACGACCAUCUAUUCGUCAAGACUGAUCGGAAACCACAGUAUCACAAGCCACAAGUCUCCAGCAACCCGUUUCACCAGCUUAAGAACCAGGUGGUAGAGAAAGCACAGGAGACCAUCAAUAAGCUGACAGAUCGAUCCGACAAGCCUAGCAAUGGCGCUGGCUCACAGAGUGAUCCAUUCAUCAUACCAGAUCCGAUGAGGCAGCAGUCGUAUCAACCACGCCCAGCGCCUCCUCCAGCGCCGAUGUACUCUUCUGCCGUCAACACGAAUCCAUACUUCAAGCCUGCCUCAACCAGCAACUUCGUAUAUCCUACAGCAUCUGCGUCUCAUUCACAGUUCGACGACUUCUCCUCAUCAGACCCACUAACCUACAUGGACGCCGGCAAAGCCAAUGACAACAUCAAAGCAUUGUUGGAGGGCGCCUUCGAGGACGAGGAGGAGAAGAAGCCGAGGACACGUCGAAAAGACAAGCCUCAGAAUGGCGACGUCGAUGCUCUUGCGGCAAAGCUAGGUGAUGUGAAGGUUGAUGAUAAGGGAGACGAGAGUGAAGAAGAGGAGAACGACGGCUCAGUAGAAGGUCUGAAAGUGAAGCUACUUCCUCAUCAAAUCGACGGUGUUGAAUGGAUGAAGCACAAAGAGCUUGGCACUCGAAAGACGAGAGGUGUGUUCCCACUUGGCGGCAUCCUGGCUGACGACAUGGGCCUGGGCAAGACAAUACAAUCGAUCGCCUUGAUCCUCAGCAAUAAGAAGCCGACCGCUGAAGAGAUCGAAGCACAUCCAAAGCGGAAGCUGCCACAAGGUGUCAACAAGGGGACUUUAGUCGUGGCGCCUCUCGCAUUGAUCAAGCAGUGGGAAGGAGAGCUCAAAGACCGUAUAGAAGACUCACAUGCGCUGAGGAUAUGUGUACAUCACGGGCCAAAACGAGCAAAGAGUUCAAAAGAUCUCAAAGGCUACGAUGUUGUCAUCACCACAUACUCGACGCUCACCUCAGAGCAUGCCGACUCCGGAGGCGAUCUGAAGACUGGCUGCUUCGGUCUCCAUUGGUGGCGUGUCAUUCUUGACGAAGCUCACUCAAUCAAGAAUCGUAAUGCGAAAGCAACAAAGGCAGCAUGUGCACUCGACGCCCACUAUCGAUGGUGCUUGACAGGCACACCUAUGCAGAACAACCUCGACGAGCUGCAGAGUCUCAUCCACUUCUUGCGCAUCAAGCCCUACGAUGAUCUCAAUGUUUGGCGGGAGCAAAUCACGAAGCCGAUGAAUGGUGGUCGUGGUGGGCUCGCAAUCAAACGACUGCGUGCAUACCUCGGCGCAUUCAUGAAGCGCCGUACAAAGGACAUUCUCAAGCAAGAUGGUGGGCUGACCACUGGCACAAAAGCAACCGGAAAAGGCAAGGAGGCUUUCAAGAUUGUGAAACGUACAGUCGACCACAUCGAAGCUGACUUCACACCUCAAGAGCGCGCCUUUUACACAAAGUUGGAGUCACGAACCGACAAGAGCCUCGAGCUGAUGAUGGCUGGCAGCAAGAUCAGCUACGCCAGUGCUUUGGUCCUGCUGAUGCGCCUGCGUCAGGCAUGCAAUCAUCCUCGACUGACCGGUAGUGAUCUCAGCAAAGAGAAAGACUCUGCAGCCGGUUCUGGCAAUCAGACGCCAAGUCGAAAGAAAGCCACAGAUGAUGACAUGGACGCUAUUGCAGGACUGCUUGGUGGGCUUAGUGUGGAAACCAAGCUCUGUGAUAUGUGCCAGAUCGAGCUGACAUCCGAACAAUCCAGUGCCGGCAAUGUUCGGUGCGACGAAUGCGAAGCAGACCUACAGGAUGAUGCGUUCACUAUCAAGAAUUUCAAGUCAAAGGACAAAGCCAAGAAGCACCGAAAAGCAUCUAUGGCUAAGCCGCUUCGUGAGAAGCGUAGACAGGCCAGAAAAGCCAUCAUCGACUCUGACGACGAAGAUGAGGAAGAUGUCGUGCCUGCUAAGGACGAAUCCGAAUCUGAGUCCGGCGACGACGACGACGACGAAGAGUCGGAAGAUGAUGAAAUAUACGGCUCAUCAGAAGACGACAACCCUCAGACCGAUUUAAUUGCCUCAACGAAAAUCCGUCACCUCCUCAAGAUCCUCUCCACCGACUCCGCCGAGCACAAAUACAUCGUCUUCUCCUUCUUCACAUCCAUGCUCGACCUCAUCGAACCCUUCCUCGCUGCACAACACAUCAACUUCGUCCGCUAUGAUGGUGCCAUGCGUAAUGACGCCCGCGAAGCCUCCCUCGAGUCUCUCCGCACCAACGCGAAAACCCGCGUACUGCUCUGCUCGCUGAGGGCUGGUAGUCUUGGCCUCAACCUUACGGCCGCAUCCCGCGUCGUGAUCUUGGAACCCUUCUGGAACCCCUUCGUCGAAGAACAAGCUAUCGAUCGCGUGCACCGCCUGAACCAGACCAAAGACGUGAAAGUCUACAAGAUGACGAUCAAAGACACGGUCGAAGCACGUAUCCUCGAACUGCAAGAGAAGAAACGUGAGCUCGCCAAUGCGACGAUCGAAGGCCAGAAGGCCGGUGGUGUGAAGUUGACGCUGCAGGAUAUGCUGAACUUGUUCAAGCACGACGGUGGGGCCGACGACAAGAGAUUGGAUAUGAUCGGGAUGAAGCCGAGCGCGGGUUUGCUUGAGAAGGGGGAGAGUACGAGGGAGCGUUCUACUCCGCCGGUCUCAAUUAAUUCCUACAACCAUAGCAAUGGUGGUCGGCGGAUCUUGAGUGAGGCGGAGAAGGAGAGGCAGAAGCAGCGGCAGGAGGCUGCUAGUGGUGUGUAUGGGAGACGGUACUGA